AAGACAAGAAGAAUGGUCCAGAUCGCCGACCUCCCGGUCAUUGACCUCGCCAAGUACAUGGCCGACCGCGCCAACGGCAUCGACCAGUGCAACGUCGUCGCCGACUGCUUGCACAAGUACGGCGUCCUCGUCGUUCGCGACCCGCGCGCGACCGAAGCCGACAACAAUACGUUCGUCGACAUGAUGGAGCGCUACUUUGAGCAGACGGACUUCACCCAGGACGCGCGCCCGGAGCUGAGCUACCAGGUCGGCGUCACGCCCGAGCAUCAGGAGCGUGCGCGCAACCACUGCUCGCGCGCUGAAGCCCUCGCCAAGGAGCACCAGCCCGUGACGUUGUGCCCGCCCGAGCUCGACAAGAAGAGCCGCUUCUUCUGGCGCACGGGUCCCCGCCCGCCGACGACGCAGUUUACGGAGCUCAACGCCGAGCCCGUGGUGCCUGCGGCGUUCCCGGAAUGGGUCCCCACCAUGGACAUGUGGGGCUCGAAGAUGCUCGCGGCGGUCCACGAGCUCGUCGAGAUGGCGGCGAUCGGCCUUGGCCUCGAGAAGGACGCGUUCCAGAAGCGCAUGCAGUACGGCCCGCACUUGCUCGCGCCGACGGGCAGCAACUUUGCCAAGUACGGCAACCUCAACGACGUGCUCGCGGGCUACCACUACGAUCUCAACCUGCUCACGAUCCACGGCAAGUCGCGCUUCCGCGGCCUCUACAUCUGGCUCCGCAACGGCGAGAAGGCGCUCGUGCGCGUGCCGGAUGGGUGCCUUCUCGUGCAGGCCGGCAAGCAGAUCGAGUACCUCACGGGCGGGUACCUCGUCGCGGGCUUCCACGAGGUCGUCGUGACGGAGCAGACGCUGGAAGACAUUGCGACGCGCAAGGCCAUGGGCAAGAGCCUCUGGCGAGUGUCGUCGACGCUCUUCUCGCACAUCAACUCGGACGAUGUGCUCCAGCCCAUUGGCCGCUUUGCGACGCAAGAGGCUCUGGACAAGUACCCGCCGAUGCUCACGGGCCACCAUGUGCGCAAGGAGCUCGAGUACAUUCAGCUCGGCAAGGGCUUUACGCUCCAACGCGAAGAUUAA